AUGUUUGGUUUGGUGUUCUGUCGCUGGCGAAAAGCUUCCACAUGCAUGAAGUUGUUGGAACAGCUUCAAUCUCGUCUUAAGUUACUCAAGAACAAGAAGUGCGAAUUAGCAAGAAGUCUACGUAGCGACAUCGUUGUCUUGCUCAAAAUCAAACACUCCGAAUAUGCCCUCCAUCGAACCGAACAGCUUAUCCUAGCUGAAAACUUGGUUAUAGUAUACGACAUGUUGCUUCAAUUCACUAGUCUCAUCAUCCUCCACUUCUCCUCCAUCGAAAAACACAGGUUUUUUUUGAAUGACGAGAUCAACGAAGCAGUCUCGAGUCUUGUCUUUGCCUCCACGAGAUGUGGAGAAGAAGUACCUGAACUAGUUAGCAUUAGAGAUCUCUUUCGUCAACGUUACGGUCGAACAUACGUAUCAAGAGCUCUUCGGCUCUUCCCUGGGCAUCUUGUUAGCCAUGAGAUGAAAGAGUUAUUGUGGAUGACUUGGGUACCUGAAUAUAUGAAGUCUAAGCGAUUGGAUGAAAUAGCUAAGAAGUAUGAUCUCUGCGGAAGGCUUCAAUAUGCACCUGAGAUUGAUAAACAGAAAGAGGAAGAGAAGAAAGUAAUGGAUUCGGAUUUGAAUAAGAAAUCACCAGACGAAGUUUAUAAAUUCAGCCUCACGGAUUUUGAAGAAGAGGUACGCAAGGAAGAGACAUUAUCAUCAAUAGAGGAUGAUUAUAAUUACAUUGAAGAGGCUCUUCAAACACAGAGCAAAAAGAAGUUGUCUAUAACUUCGGUAUCCAAAGAUGUGAAGUCUAAUCUAUUGGAUGAAAUAGCAAAGGAGUCUGGUCGUCCUUUAAAAAUAUUAAGGACUAAAUAUACACCUGAGAUUGAUAAACAGGUGAAUGAAGAGGAAGAGAAGAAUGUAACGGAUUCAGAGUUCUAUAGUUGCUCGGAUGAGCCAUCACCAGACGAAGCUUAUAAAUCAAGCCUCAUGGAUGCUGAAGAAGAGAUAAUCAACGAAGAGAAAUCAUUAAUGGAGGAUGAUCACAUAGAAGAGGCUCAAGUGGUGAAAGAUCAAAGAGAACUCAGAGUCAAAGAAAGAUGUGAAGAAGAGAGAAGAAGAUCAUCAUCAACAACAUCUUUAUUACCAUUAAAAGAGUUUAUGGACAUGGAGAGUACGAGGUACUACAAGAGGCCAACAAGAGUUCAUCAAAGAAGAAGAAGAUCAUCAAUACCGUCAGCACAUUGUUGCCCUAACUAG